GGCGGCGGCGGCGGAGUAGUGCGGUGCCGCGCGCAGGAUCCGCUCAUCCGAACUUUCCGCGCGGUCUCGAUUCGCGCCACGUGAGCUUUAUGCAAAUUGUGAGCAAUUGUGACGAACUUAUAAGAUAAUCGUAAAUGCAAAGGACGACGCCGGGCUCCUCGGAGUCAGAUGGCGCGCGUGUGGUGAGGGUGGGCGAGGCGUGCGGGGCGCGCGCGCGCGAUGCCGCUCGGCGCGCGCGGCCGAUAUGAACAGCACGGCUCUGGAGUGCGGGACGGACGCGGGCGUGCCCGCCGCCGACAAGGUGUUCCGCUUCGUGGUGCACGGCGUCCUGCUGAACGCGAUCGGCGCCGCGGGACUGCUGGGCAACGCGCUCGCCGUGCUUGUGCUGUCCCGCCCGCAGAUGCGUUCUUCCGUCAACUGCCUGCUGGUGGGGCUCGCCGCCUGCGACACCGCGCUCAUCCUCACCUCGGUGCUGCUGUUCGGCCUCACUGCCAUCUAUCCGUACACGGGUGCCCUGCGAUACUAUUACUACAACGUGUGUCCACUGAUCACGCCCUACGUCUACCCGCUGGCCAACGUGGCGCAGACGAUGUCAGUGUACUUGACGCUAAUCGUGACCGUGGAGCGCUGGGUGGCGGUGUGCCAUCCGUUCCGUGCGAAGGCGCUGUGCACGUCGUCGCGCGCCCGCUGGUACGUCUUCGGCACGGCGGCCUUCGCCUUCGCCUACAAUGCGCCCAAGUUUUUCGAAGCGGAGGUAAUAACAGUCGGCGAGCCCGCAACUGGGGAGAUUAUCUACUGCGUGCAGGCCGACCUCGACUUCCGAACCGAUAGAUAUGUCAUAGUUUACAUACACUGGAUGUAUUUGGUCGUCAUGUACAUAGUCCCUUUCUCCGCGCUGGCGGCGCUCAACGCCUGCAUUGUGCGGCAGGUGCGGCGCGCGCAAGCCGAGCGCGCGCGGUUGUCACGCGUGCAACGCCGCGAGCUCGGCCUUGCUACUAUGCUGCUGGUGGUCGUGCUCGUUUUCUUUCUCUGUAACAUCCUUCCCCUGGUCACCAACGCCUCCGAAGUGUUUCUCGGCGAUGUGUUCGAUAACCUCGACCCUUUGGUGAAAACUAGCAAUCUUCUCGUAACAAUAAACAGCAGUGUAAAUUUCGUCAUAUACGUAAUUUUUGGGGAGAAAUUCAAACGCGUUUUCCUAAAGUUGUUCUGCGCCAGCCGCAUCCGCAUGCGCGGCGCACGCGAUUCUCCGGAGAACACGCGCGACGACUCCAUAGCGUCGUGCGGCGAGCGGAUGUCUCUGCGCAUGUCGGCGCGCAACGGAACGCUGCGGCGCUCAGAGCGCGCGGGAAGACCGCGACCGAGGCGCACCUCUCCCGCACCCGCCGUCUACUACCCGGCACCGCUGCGCUCCGAGCUGCUCACCGAGCUAACGGACGCGCCUGCCUCGCCAUCCUCGCCACCCUCGCCGCCUUCGCCCGGGCCCUGGAACGGACACACGCGUCCGCCCUGACGGCGACGCAGUUAAGCUCUGCACGCUCGUCGACGCGCUUACGCAGAGCCGACACAGUGGCGAAGGGCCGCGAUAUGACACGAUCGUGUCAGUGGCCGAUUGCUGCAGUCGAGUGUGUGGUGGACAGGUCUAGUGCAUAUAACUUUUAGAAUAAUUUAUUGAACAUAGUCAAUGAUCGAUUGUAUGAAGUAGUUAAGUGUAGCAGUCGGUGCACUGGAACUGGACAAGAAUGUGACAUGUUGUUUGAAUAAAUAUUACUUAAACUGUUUGUGUAAAUACUAGAGUAUAAAAACGGUUAUUGAAUUUUAUGAAAUAGUAUACAAUUGUCAUAA